AUGACCCGAGGUCAGUCUUAGACCAGAAGCCAAACAUGUCGCAGCAAAUAUUGCACAAAGUGCUCGCCAGAGUCGUGAAGAAGCUGCAGCUGCCACGUGCCAACAUCUCCAUCAAGAACCUGACGAGUGGCGGCGCCAACAUAACGUCGGCUCUGUACUCCGUCACCAUCAGUGCGCCAGACCAAGGCCACUUGAAACUCUUCGCCAAAGUAGCUGAUGUCAACUUAAAGCUCCGAAAGCAGAUGAACAUAGAAUUACUCUAUUCAACCGAGCAGAUUGUGUACAAUCACCUGGUCGGAGUGUACGAGAAAAUACAAGACAAAUACUACAUCAGCCCUGAGCACAGGUUCGUGUUCCCCAAGUUCUAUGGAGGCGAAGAUGCGGUGGGACAGGAGACGGUCGUGAUGGAAGACGUGACGUCGAGCGGCUACUCCCCAUACAGCCGGUUCGAGAGUAUUGACUGGGAGCACGCAGCUGUAGCAGUGGAGGACUUAGCCAGACUGCAUGCGCUAUCCUUCGCAUACCAAAAGGAAGAUAUAGAAGGCUUUACCAAGGAUACGCAAAGAUUAAGAUUCGUAAGAGAAAAGAUGGACUUUUCAGACAUGAGGAAAACGUGGCGUCAGAUAGGUGAAUCGGCUAUGGCGGUAGUAAAAGAAGAACACAGAGAGAAAUUUUCAACGAUAAUAGAUGACAAUUCGACACAAGAGGUGUUCUUCAGAUUCAGGGCACCUCUGAGCACGAUAGUUCUGGUUCAUGGCGACUACAGAGUCAGCAACCUGAUGUUCCGGCGCGUGAAUGGCGUCCUGCAGCAGAUUGUGGUGGACUACCAGACCGUGCACAGCGGCUGCCCAGUCACCGACCUGCUGUACCUGGAGUUCCUCGGCACAGACCAGGCGUUCCGCAAGAAGCACCACAAUCGCCUCUACGACUACUACUUCUCCGAACUCACUAAGGCGUUGGACCGGUUCGACAUCGACGUGAACAAGGUCUACCCCAGGGAGACGUUUGAGAAAGAAAUUAAGGAAAUGUACAGUGUAGCCCUAACUAUCGCGAUGGUGGUGCUGCCGCUGGUGCUGGUGGACACGGAGCGCGCCCCCCUCAUGAGCGAGAUCGAAGGAGUCAACGACUUCGCCAUCAAGCCCUCGCAGCUGUUCGCCACCCGGUUCAGGGAACUCGUCAGCGACUGCAUCGAGUGGGGAGGUCUAUAACGACACUUUUAGAUAAUUUAAUGACCAAUACUUAACUUUGACAUAAAAUUAUUAAUUAAUGAAUUAUAAUUCCCAAAAUAAUUGUUCGUUAUACAAUAUCUUUUGCUAGUAUAGUUGAUGCACCCAUUCUGCUCCAUUUGUUAAUCAGGUUCCCAUUCUAUUUCCCAUAAUGUUGUUUUUUGUCAUUUGACAUAACUAUACAGGUAUAAUUUUUUUGACAUCAAUAUUUGCUAUAAUUGACAUUUUCUAUAAUUGACAUUUGCUAUAAUUGUUUUUGGUAUAAUUUGCUGUACCUUGUCCUUACACAUAGCGUUUUAGUAAAUAUAUAUCACUAUGUGAAAUGACUGGGUGUCAGUACGUUAAGCUUAUCUACACUUAAAUAAACUACGGUUCAAAUAAAUUAUGCCUGUGACUAACUUGUUAUGUAUAUGUUAUGUUACACACUUAAAUAUUAAUGUGAUUUAAUGGGAACCUCGCUAAGUCCAUGUUACAGGCUUGCUUUGUGCUUAGGACCUUUUUUAAAAUUACGCUCUGGACAUAUAUAAUUAUUAAAUUGACCAAUAUUUUUUAUGUUAAUUAGAAAUAUCAUGGCUAAGAUAAGGUUUCUUUAUUGCUAUUUAAAUGUAUCAUAUGUAAUUAAACGUUAUUUCAAUGGCAGUUUGGCUCUGGUUAAGCGAUAAUUUGAAACAAUAAUAAUUAUGUGACGAGUAUUAUUUUAGUUAACAUAACAAUAGUUUUAAAUAAUGUAUUGAUAUUUUAUUGAUUGUGAUAAUUAUAAUAAUUUAUAUUUUUCAUUCUUUCUGAACGGAAAGAAUUAAUGAUUAUAAUUAAAACGAUAUUUAAGGUGGCAGUUGACAUAAUGUGAUCGAUUUUAAAUCUAAAUGUAAGAGUACUGUUUUACUCGUAGAAAACCUUGCAAUAGAAGAUAAAUUUAAUUGAAAAUAAUGGCUUACUCGCGUGAAAUAUUCGGGAUAAAACUAUACUAGUUUGGUUCAGGUGAGUGAGACGUAGUUUUCAAUUAUACAGUACGUAUAACAUUAUUAUACAAAAAUUAGAGCUGCAAAAAUUGUAAAAGAAGAGGAACAUUUGAGCACAUCAUGUAUACCAAUGAAAUGAAUAUAUUUACAUAUAUUGAAAGGUUUUGUACCAAUAAAACAUAUAGUACAUAAACUAUCACCUAGAAAAUAAUUUUAUUCAUAUUAUACAAACAUUUGACUACAAUUUUGAUUAGUUUUUAAAUAUUUUAGUUACCAUUCUUCUUGACAUUACGGCUGGAAUCAAAUAGAUGGACCGUUUUUUUAAUUAAAUUUUGAAAAUUGAACUUUGUGAUGAACCUUUUUUGUUUUUUUUUUAUGUGAUACAGAAAGUUAUGCGUCAAACCGACUGGGGUACACAUUAUACCUGUUUUAUGUAUUAAUAUUUUUAUUUUAAUAUCAAAACAAACUAGUAGGUGAGACGCUGAUUAUUCUGUGAGCCACAAAUUAAUGUUAGAAGUAAGUUAUAAGGAGACGAAAUGUGAUGUUCACGUUUAUUUGUACCUAAAUAUAUUAUACAUAGUUUAAUGUUAAUGAAUUUCUUGCGAUAAAUAAAUAAUUAUGAUGGUCA